CCCGCCCGCGCCUCGCCGGGGAAGUGGAGCCGCGGCCCCCGCUGCCCGCGGUCCCCGGUGGCAGCUCCUUCCUCCCCUCCUCCCUCCGAGCGCCUCCCGCCCAUUUCCUCUCCUCCGCCCCGCUCGCCGCCGCUCUGCAGGCGUGCGGCUCGCCCCGCCGCCACCGCGGGCUCCGAGCUGCCGGGAAGCCCCCGCGCAGCCGCCGCCGUUCCCAGGCCGCCACCGGACUCCGCUUCGCCAGCCGGGCAGUCGAGCCCCUGGACUUUGCCUGAAGAGGUUGCAAGAUAGGUGCCGCUGAGCCCCUGCCCGCCAGAGGAUGGGGAAGCAGAACAGCAAACUGCGCCCCGAGGUGCUGCAGGACCUGCGCGAGAACACCGAGUUCACAGACCACGAGCUGCAGGAGUGGUACAAGGGCUUCCUGAAGGACUGCCCCACGGGACACCUCACCGUGGAGGAGUUCAAGAAGAUCUACGCCAACUUCUUCCCCUACGGCGACGCCUCCAAGUUCGCCGAGCACGUCUUCCGCACCUUCGACACCAAUGGCGACGGCACCAUCGACUUCCGGGAGUUCAUCAUCGCCCUCAGCGUCACCUCGCGCGGCAAGCUGGAGCAGAAGCUCAAGUGGGCCUUCAGCAUGUACGACCUGGACGGCAACGGCUACAUCAGCCGCGGCGAGAUGCUGGAGAUCGUGCAGGCAAUCUACAAAAUGGUUUCCUCAGUAAUGAAAAUGCCAGAAGACGAAUCCACUCCUGAGAAGCGAACAGACAAGAUCUUCAGACAGAUGGACACGAACAAUGAUGGUAAGCUGUCACUGGAAGAGUUCAUCAAAGGUGCCAAGAGCGACCCAUCCAUCGUGCGGUUGCUACAGUGCGACCCCAGCAGCGCCAGCCAGUUCUGACUGCAGCGGACAUUGCGCCGAGCUCCCCGGCUGGCCUGCCCCCGGUUGGCCUGCCCCUGGCUGGCCUCCCCCCGGCUGGCCUGCCCCAGGCUUUGCUCGCAAAUGGAUGCCUUCUCCCCCACCUCCCCACUGCCAGCCCCUCUACGUGUGUCCCCGCUGGACCCAGUGCAGCUCCCCAUCAAGAGCUCCCCUCGGCUCCAGGCAGCGCCGCGGCUGCUGGCGUGCCCAGUGCUCGUCAGGUGUUUACAUGCAGCCACAGAGGAGUGCGAGGCGCUGGUGGGACACCACUGCAGCUAGGCCCUCAGACAAGGCAUGUCCCAGUAGCUCUGCAGAAGGUUUGUAGAAUGGUUUGGGUUGGAAGGGGACCUUGGAGAUCGUCUGGAUGAUAGGUAGGACCUUGACCAACGUAGAUAAUUUAUUUUGCUUGAGGAAUUCCUGUGUUUAAAAAACAAAAAAACAACAAAACAAAAGUGGACUGAAUGAAGUAGGGAGGUCAAAAAAAAAAAAAGGCAAAAAAACAACAAAAAAACCUUCAAAACAAAAAAAAAAAGCAGCUUUCUGGGCAUGGUUCCAGAUUUCUUUUUGAGGAAAAUUGCUUGCACUUAUCUAAUGGUCUUUUACUUUCUUUUAAUAUAUAUAUAUAUAUAUAUAUAAAAAAAUUAUAUAUAUAUGGUGAAGUUAAAAUUUUAACUAUUUAGGUCAUCUAUUUAAGGCACACAGUAGAAUUUUGAGCUUUGUUUCUUCUAGUUGUCUGUGAUUUGACCCAAAUCUGGGAGAUUGGGUUCCCGUGGUAUUUUUAUGCAUUAGCAAGUGGCUGUUGCAGCAGUGCAUGAUUAGCAGUCUGUGGCUGUUCCACUCCGUUUCACUCCUGAAUGCAAACGUUUGUUCCUCUGCUGCCAGUGCUCCAGCACCGCUGCGUUAACCAAGGCCUGGCAGGAGCACCCCCCCCUCCUCCUCGUGUCGUGUUUCUCAGUGGAGUCCAACUUUUCUGGUGGUUCAGUGGCUUCUGAGUGCCCCGAGGUGACGUGGCUGGCACUGCUGUUCUCCACCUGGCUGCACCUCCUCCCCUGCCGUCGGUCUGUUGAUAGUCUCGUGCGUUCCAGUGUUAUUUAAUAUCUGCCUAAUGCCAAGAGAUAUUAAUUGAAAUAAAAGACUACUUUUCUUGUCA